AGAGAGAUGGGCGUGUUGUAGGAGUGAGUGUAACACUGAUCUUUACAAAUGUUUAAUUUUAAGCCUUCUCACUCUCAUCCUGUUACAACGUCUGCAGAAUGACCUUAAAAGUGAUGAACCAAGGGUGGAGAGAGCACCAGAAAAUAUGAGAGAGAGAGAAAAGAACAGAUUUGAACAGUGACUGAGAGAAGAGGAGAGAGACGCAAAGUCAUCUUUUACUCAAACUACAUCUGAGACUUGACUCGUCAUCAUCAUCAUCAUUCAGACUCGUCUGCACAUCAUGACCCCUCCCUCGCUCUUGAUGUUGCUGAUGGCGGUUGCCAUGGUAGCUGCCGUCAGAGAGAAUGAACUGGAUUAUGGGCACUGGAACUACAGAGAAGGAGCGGACAGUGUAAAUGUGGCCUCAGUGCGCAGCGUGACCAGAGUUUUAGACGCUUGGGGAAAACGCAUCUUUAAUGAGAUCAAGACUCUUCUGCACUCACAGCCCAGCACACUGCUGCCCGACUACUCCAGGGUGCGCCCUCUGUCCGAGUCAGUGAACGACCUGUUUAGAGAAGUCUCCCUGCUGCACCGGCGCAUCACUGAGCUCUCUCAUCGCCUAGCAACACUGGAACCCUUCCUCCGUCACCACGGCUACCGGGAGGAGGGGGGGGAGGCGAAGGAGGCGGAGGAGGGUAUUGGGAUUUUGGCACCUCAGAGCCUGAGAGGAGAGGUGGCGAGCCUGGCCCGAAACACUCCAGGGACGGGGGUGAGGCGUAGCUCUCCGAGAAGGAGCCGGGUGGUGAGGAGGAGACGGGUGAGAGUCCUGAAGAACGGAGAAGUGAUGCUGGUUCAGAGUGACAGAUGAAGAAAUGAAAAAAAAGAAAGCUCUGCCAAUAUUAUGUAAUCUAUGAAAUUCAUCAUUGAACUGUAUAGAUGUAUUUUUUUUAAUGAAAUAUUAUGUUUGAUGAUUGAUCUCUUUAAUAAAAUGUCAUCACUUUUUCAUUGUUGAACUGUUGAUGUCAUGACAUGACAUACACAGGAACACACUCCAGGCUUAAAUACUCUUAAAAACAAAUAUUGUCCAGCUUUAAGUGUGAUUUUUCCUGCAUCUGAUUUUCUGGUGCUUUCAACUGAUGGACUUACUUACUUUUUAAUUGUCGGUGUUUUCACGUGUUGUCUUGCUUUAUUAUAAUUUCUUUUAUUGAAUGACACAUAAUCACAUUAUGUAGACUUAAAGGUCCAGUAUAUAAUAUUCUGUAGGGUUCAUUGGCAACAAUAUGCACGACCCAUAAGUAUGUAUGUAUGUAAAAGUGUACAUAAUCGCUUUGAAAUAAAUACAAUUUUCCUAGAAGAAGAG